GCCGCUGCUUUCCGACAUGGAGCUGUGGGGACCCUACCUGCUUCUCUGCCUCUUCUCCCUCCUCAGCCAAGUCACCACUGAGGCCCCCACUCCCAGGCCCAAGAAGGCAGUGAACACCAAAAAAGAACUUGUGAGUCCCAAGAUGUUUGAAGAGCUCCGGAGCCGACUGGAUGGUCUUGCAGAGGAGGUGACACUGUUGAAGGAGCAACAGGCACUGCAGACAGUCUGCCUGAAAGGCACCAAGGUGCACCGCAAGUGCUUCCUGUCCUUCCCAUCGCCCAAGACCUUCCACGAGGCCAGCGAGGAUUGCAUCUCUCUGGGGGGCACCCUGAGCGCCCCCCACUCGGGCUCGGAGAAUGACGCACUGCAUGACUACGUGCGCCAGAGUGUAGGUGCCACGGCUGAAGUGUGGCUGGGCCUCAACGACCUGGCAGUCGAGGGUGCCUGGGUGGACAUGACCGGGGCCCCCCUGGCCUUCAAGAACUGGGAGACAGAGAUCACGGCUCAGCCCGAUGGGGGCAAGGCAGAGAACUGUGCAGCUCUAGCAGCUGUGUCCAGCGGCAGGUGGUUCGACAAACGCUGCAGGGACAAGCUGCCUUAUGUUUGCCAGUUUGCCAUCGUCUAG